GAACCGGUUGCAGUUUCUCCUAUCCGCCAGUAUCCCAUCAUUCCAUUGGUUUGGCUUUGACCUCGCCGAUUUCCGAGUCGGCAGAGGAGGUGCGCUGGUGAUUUGUGCUCGCUGUCCAGUGCCCGUUGCGUGGUGGAUGAUGGCCGCUUCAAAGCCUGUAGAGCCGCAGUCCGGGAGUGGUCUCCCCCGCUGGCAGCUGGCACUUUUAGUGGGUACACCAAUAGUUCUUGGAGUUGGUGCUGUUUACCUCUGGAACCGCAGUCGCACGAAGGAGAAGGACGGCAAAGAAGGGGAUGGGGAGAGGAAAGCCCCAGAAGGCAGCGCUAGCCCUGUUCAGGGCCAACGCAGCGCGCCCAAUGCAGAACACGAGAAUAUGAGUCCCCUGGACCGAGCCCAGGCUGCCAAGAACAAGGGCAAUAAAUAUUUCAAGGCCGGGAAGUAUGAGCAGGCCAUCGCAUGCUACACGGAGGCCAUCGGCCUGUGCCCCAAAGAGCAGAAGACCGACCUGUCCACCUUCUACCAGAACAGAGCCGCUGCCUUUGAGCAGCAGAUGAAAUGGACAGAAGUUGUCCUGGACUGCACACAGGCCGUGGAGCUCAAUCCCAGAUAUGUGAAGGCCCUGUUCAGACGUGCCAAAGCCCUGGAGAGACUGGACAACAAGAAGGAGUGUCUGGAAGAUGUUACUGCUGUGUGUAUCCUUGAGGCCUUCCAGAACCAGCAGAGCAUGCUGUUAGCAGACAAGGUGCUGAAGCAGCUGGGAAAAGAGAAGGCCAAAGAGAAGUACAAGAAUCGGGAGCCUCUGAUGCCCUCUCCUCAGUUCAUCAAGUCCUACUUCAGCUCCUUCACGGAUGACAUCAUCUCCCAGCCCCUGCAGAAGGGAGAGAAAAAGGAUGAAGAUAAGGACAAAGAGGGCGAGGCUGCCGAGGUCACCGAGAGCUCAGGUUACCUGAAGGCCAAGCAGUACAUGGAGGAGGAGAACUACGAUAAGAUCAUCAGCGAGUGCACCAAAGAGGUGGAGUCUGGGGGCCGCUACACCGCAGAGGCCCUGUUGCUCCGCGCCACCUUCUACCUGCUCAUCGGCAACGCCACGGCCGCCCAGCCCGACCUCGACAAGGUCAUCAACAUGCAGAACGCCAACGUCAAGCUGCGGGCUAACGCGCUGAUCAAGCGCGGCAGCAUGUACAUGCAGCAGCAGCAGCCCCAGCUCUCCACGCAAGACUUCAACCUGGCCGCAGACAUCGAUACACGCAACGCAGAUGUCUACCACCAUCGGGGACAGCUGAAGAUCCUGCUGGACCAGGUGGAGGAGGCCGUGGGCGACUUUGACGAGUGCAUCCAGCUCCGUCCGGAUUCGGCCCUCGCUCAGGCCCAGAAGUGCUUCGCCCUGUACAGGCAAGCGUACACCGGGAAUAACCCAGCCCAGGUACAGACGGCCAUGGAUGGCUUUGAGGAUGUCAUCCGGCGGUUCCCCAAGUGUGCCGAAGGUUACGCUUUGUACGCUCAGGCCUUGACUGACCAGCAGCAGUUUGGCAAGGCCGAUGAAAUGUACGACAAGUGCAUCGACUUGGAGCCGGACAACGCUACCACAUACGUUCACAAAGGACUUUUGCAGCUGCAGUGGAAACAGGAUGUGGACAUGGGGCUGGAGCUCAUCAGUAAGGCCAUAGAGAUCGACAACAAAUGUGACUUCGCUUACGAAACCAUGGGAACUAUUGAAGUCCAAAGAGGCAAUCUAGACAAAGCCAUCGACAUGUUCAACAAGGCCAUCAAUUUGGCCAAGUCUGAGAUGGAGAUGGCCCACCUGUACUCACUCUGUGACGCUGCUUACGCCCAAACCGAGGUUGCCAGGAAGUAUGGCCUGAAACCCCCUACGCUGUAAUGCCCAUCUCUCUCUCUCUCUCUCUCUCUCUCUCUCUCUCUCUCUCUCUCUCUCUCUCUCUCUCUCUCUCUCUCUCUCUCUCUCUCUCUCUCUCUCUCUCUCUCUCCUUUGCGCUUCCUCCUCAUAACAUGUGACAUUACGUACAUUAGCUCAACUUAAUUGAGUAUAUUUAAGUUCUCAGACAAUGCUGGGCCAUGCUAUGCUACUUUUAAUUGGAUACAUCCCUGACUGGUAACAUCCAACAUAUUGUUGGAGGUUUUUUUUUUUUGGUUUCCUUUCUAUAGACACUAAAAUCGUUACAGUCAGUGUCAUUCUACAUUAUCAGAGGAAAACUGUGUAGCAUUGCAACAGACUGUUCAUUUGUUACCAUAAUGUUAGUCUUGUUAAAAUUGUGCGUUUCUGCGUUCUGUCCAAAUUCCUUCAUAUCCUAAGAGUCGAUAUGCAUCAUCACUGUAUGGGAAAUGCAGGUUUGAAACUUUAGUCAAGACAUGUUAAUGUAAUUAAGUCAGUUGUCAGCGUGUUUGAUGUAAUGCUGGAAUAAAUAAGAUUAUGGACAAUGGGACUAAACGUGAAGUUCAGAGAUUUGGACUAUACUUUGGUUUGUUUUUGGUCGGGGGUUGUUUUUUUUUGUUUUGUUUUUUUGUGUUGCUUUUUUCUUUCUUUUUAUAUUCUGUACAGCAUGUGUGAGAAUUCUCUUUAUAAAUAAAUGUCAAGAUUAUUCUGCUGUAAUACUACUCUAGCACCGGUCAACCUAUGAAUGGUGUAUGCGCGAAAUGAAGAAAGAUAAACUGUCUUGGCGACAGGUUCAAAUGUUGACAUCUCUUUUCCCCCUUUCUUUGCAUCCUUCAAACCCAAAUUGUUUUGUUUCACCUAAAUACUCCUAACUUUUUAUGCGUCCCCAUUGGAAAAAAAAGAGUAGCUUAAUUUAUUUGUUAUAGGCACUUGUAACUUUCAGAGUUCUAAAGGAUCAUUAACCUUAAACUGGAAUGCUGAUUUCUGCACCCAACACCAAUAAUAAAAAAGAGAAGAUUGUUUAAAGUAGUGUAAUGUAUGUGUAACUUGUGUAACCAUGUAUAUCACUGUCCAACACUGCAAACUUAGUCAGAUCACCUAUCCUCUUGUUUUCACUGUUAUGGCUAUCAGCACCAAUGGGAUUUUCACAUCUAUCUUCUCUACAUUCAUUUUUGUAAACUACCUCUUGAGAAAUAGAGCUUAGUAUUAAUGCACACCAUUCUCUCAAGAUGCAGUUGGGCCUAGUCAGUUACCUAGUUGCAUCAUGGAUCUCUUUGGCUUUGCACUUUGGGUACACUGUGGCAUCCUAAUGGUUAAUUCACUUGAACACAAAAGCCUUAUGUGAAAUUAGGACAUAAAGUGUAGAUAUGCUGAGCUUCAUCUUACUUAUGAAGGGACCAGUGGUCGUGUUUGAAAAUGCCAGGAGGAGCUCCUCUGCUCUCAUUUAAGGGAUUUAGUUCCAAUAACAUGUAGCUACUCAAGACUGAAGACUAAGGGCUUCUUUUAAAAGGUUUAUAUUUACAGUAUACAUUUAGAAUCCGAACCCCUAUUAGUAUUAUGAUCUUAAGUGGGGUUUAAUACUAUGAAUGUUUUUUUUUUUUUUUUAAUGCUUAGUCAUUAACAUUCUUGUAUUUUACAUUCAGCCACGUUCAAGUACUAUUAACACCACUGCCAUUUUUGCAAGCUGUUUCUCUUCACACUAAUUUACCAUUGCCAUCAUAAUACUCAUUCUCUUGAAUAGCAGUGGCCAGAGUGCAGUUUUCCAUUGUACUGGAACCUCGCAGUCAUUUUUAUUGAUUUAGGCCUUUGGGGUCACGUUCUGAACACUUCUGAAGCCAAAUAAAGGAGGAUAUUCCCAUGCAUGUGAGGAGUAUUGUGUUGCCUGUGAUGUAAUUGAAACGUCUUGUAUAACCCCCAUUUUUUUCUUGGAAGAAGGGGGAUGAGAGUUGCAUAUACAAAUUAAGGCUCAAGCAGGUUUGAAUCCCCAAAGAAACCAGACAAACCAGUCGGAAUCCAUGUUUGCUUUAGAUUCAUCUCUGAAUUAAAUGCAUGUUAUUUUUUCUAAAACAAGAAAAGAUUAUUUAUGAGCUUUAUAACUACAUUUCAAAGCAUGCCAUGUCCUUGAAGGCAAUUUUGGGAAUGAGACAAAUGGUAAUGUUUAUUGUGUAAUGUAAAUGUCAUAUGAAGUUAAAAUAAAAUAAAUAAAAUAGAUAACAAGGAUAACAACUGUUCCACACAGAUAUUUUGUGGAAUGCAAGUGUUAUGUACAUCUAUGGAAUGAUGAUGCAUAAGAUGUUUUCUUUUCAGCAGCUUUUUCAUCUUCUGUAGCUUAUGCAUGUUGCGCUUUGUUGCCAUGUUGGAAUUGGGACUGAGAUUUGUAACCUGUUACAGUUUUUCUCAUAUAGUUUCCCUUUUCCAUGCUUUCAUAGUGUAUUGUAUAUGGAUAUUUCAUUUGUAAAAUGAAUAUUUUUAAGUAAGGGCAAUAAAUGUAUUAAAGUGGAAGCCA